AUGAUUAUAACGAUGCCAUCGGAAUUACGGGCUUUGAAUGCAUACAGAAGUACAAUCAGGGCCAUUAAUCUGGCAUUUGGCGGUGAUUUACGUACACAAAGUGCGGCGAAACUCCGGCUUAAGACAGAGAUGAAGAAAGAGCAAUCAAGGGAUCAUCCAGAAAUGAACGUGGAGCAGAGGAUCACAUUACUGAACCAGAUUGCCACGUAUCUUACAAAAAAUAUUGUUCAAGGAGUGAAGGAAGAGGGAAAAGAUAGGUACGUUCUUCGAAUUCAUAAAGGUACCGAACUUGGAGAUAAUAAAGACAUUGAAAAGAUGAAAACUACAUUGAGAGCAGGAGCCACUACAGGAAGCGGAUGCUGUGGUGGUUCAGAUACUGUGAACUUGAAGCAAAUGCCCAAGCGAAAGCAACCGAAGGCUAACUGA